UGUUUUAAAAAUAUUUUUUAUUUUUGUAUUUUUGAAUUAAUUCUCUCUAAGGUAAUACAAGUAAAAACAAACAGUUUUUUGAGCAGUUUAGUGCAGUUUUUCGACGCAACAUGAACAGACAAUGCGGCUCCAAUUUAUUUGCGCAAAUCUCAUUUACAUUUUCGCUCAGUCUAUGUGUAUUGCCAUUAAUACAGAGCCUGCCAGUCCAUAUUGAUUUUAACACCGAUGCUUUUCCAGUGGUGUAUAGCCAAUAUGUGCGCCGCCUGCCGCUGGAGUCACCGGACGACUGGUAUGCAGAAGAAAUACUAGAAACGUUUAAACUGCACAAUCUGGUGCCGCAGGUGGAGAGUUUAAGUGAUGAAAUGAUGGAGCUGUUGAUACGUUGUGACUUUCAACCAGCGCUUAGUGAAUGUCAACAGCUAUAUGAAGGAAAAGGUGAAGUAAAUAAACCGGAAGCACCAACGAUUCGGCCAACUACAACAACUAAAACUACAAAAGCGUCCACCGUGAAAAGUCAACCCACGCAAAGUACAACUUCCACUAUUAGACCUACUACAACAAUUACUAGCACAACAAGCACAUCAGAAGCAGUAACAAUAACAACAACAAUGGUGCCUACAAUAACCAUACCACCAACAAUAACAGACAGUUACUUGCCAUUUUUCCCAAACAUUUCUGAAGAGAAUGAAUUUGAUGUCAAAGUAAAUGCGGAAAUGGGUGGCACAACUCUCUCCGAUAUCGAAGAAUAUGCGCAACCAAACUAUAAUAUAGCCGGAGACCUUGAACCGCUAGAUGAAGAAGUUUAUGCUUAUAAAGAAUAUAAUCAGAAUGCCGCGGACGCGAAUGCUGAAAAUUCAGAUAGUUAUUAUUACUGAAAUUUAAGUACUGCAUUACUCAUUAAAUUAAGUUAUUGUGUGCCUCAAUGGUAAAACGGUGGAUCCAUCUAAA